AAAGCAGAAUGUUUGAGAAGGUGUGCCAACCUCAACUUUGAUCGUGUGUCAAAGGAGAAACUACACCUUGAAGAUGUUUUUUCUGAUUAGUCUGCAUUUCUGCCGUAAAGGCAAAUCAAGAAAUGACGCAACAAUGUGUGAUUUGGUUCUCCUUGGACUUGUUGCUAUAAGUCUUACAAAGCCACCCGUGGCAACUGUUGCGCCCAAAAAAGAAUGGGGAGGACAUGGAUCGUCAAUAAAUUUGAAAGAAAUAAUGAUUGGAAGAUGUUUUGACUACCUUGAGAAUGUAAAUCCCAGUGCAGGGGUGAAAGACUGUGCAAAGAUUUGGGAAGAAUUUCUGAAGGUAUUUAGUGGCAAAGACCCAUGCAGCAUCAAAGAGCAGGAUUAUAACAACUUUUUGCGCUUGGUAGAACAUGACAUCCCAGUCAAUCAGUCAAUCUUCUGGAGUCAGACCAGGGAAAUCACCUCCAAGUUCAGUGAAAUCACUGCUUCCUUUAUGCCUCUUGAGUCCACCCUGAGUGGUUAUUUGGUAAAUGACUUGAACUGGUGUGGGAGUCGUUCCAUCAAAGGACCAAAUUUUGUAUCGUGCCCGAGCUGGAAUGAUUGUGAAAACAAUGCAGCCCGUUCAUUUUGGAGAUCAGCAUCAAAGUUGUAUGCAUCAAAGGCACAAGGAGUGGUGACAGUGAUGCUGAAUGGAUCCUCAACUGCAAACGCUUUCAGAGACACCAGUAUAUUUGCUGAAAUAGAAGUUGGAAAUUUAGACAAGGCGAAGGUCACCUUAGUUCGUCUUUGGAUCAUCGAUAAUCUUAUGGGACCUGACAUUGAAUCCUGUGGUCGCGGCAGUGUCGGAAAAUUAGAAUUGAUUCUGAUGGAGAAAGGAAUAAAGUACAUUUGCGAAGAUAAUUACAGGCCUGUUCAAAUACUGCUGUGCGUUAACAAAGUGGACUUUCCAACCUGCAACUUAGACCUUGCCCCAUAACUCUAAUGCAUUGCUCACAAAAAGCUUUGACGAGAAACUUCUAGAGCCAUUUGCUACCACAUAAACAUAAUGAAUGUCUCAUUAUCCAAGUGUGUAUUGUUAUGGUCAAAUUUUGAGGGGAUUUUAAUUUGAUUUGUAAUUUUGAGAUGUAUGUGUAUACAAUAAAGAAGGGAAUGACAUGUAGACAUGUAACAUAGUUAAUUAUCACAAUAAAUGAAUGUGCUGAUGAGUGUCCCCUUUAAGCCAUGUCGAUUCAUCCUAUUAAAGACGCUCCUUGUUCCAACCAUUCCCUUCCCUAACCUUCCCUUCUACUGAGAAUCUAUUUUGUUCCUAGUUCUGUUGAAGGGUUGUAGACCCAAACCAUUGAAUGCUUUUCUGACCACAGAUGCCACCUGACUUGAUGAAAUUUUCCAGCACUUUUGGUUAUAAGAAAUUAGUAAUCAGAUUGGCAAAGUCCACCACACUGAUUUGGGGAAAGUCCUACAUAACUUAAGGCAGAACAGCCUUAUAAACAUGCUUUUAUAUUUGUUUAAAAUGGCUCUUUCUGGGCCUUGGGUGGAAGAAAAUAUACCCCUGCUGUUCUUUUCCAAAAAGAGAGCCAUGCUCCUUUCCAUACACUGCUCCUUUUGAGGUUUAAUGACCAGGUUUCCAGAAGCUUCAGGGCCAUUAGUAAUGUGCCCACAAUCUAAAGAUUUUCCCCACCACUGGUGCACAGGUGCCACCAGCUUCUACACCACAGGCCCUUCUGCCCACCUUGUUCAUGCUGAUCAAUCCAGCAAAGGUGAUGGGAUAUUCAGAGGUGUCUUGUCAGCUACAUUGUAAAUUUCUAAUUCAAUGCAAAGCUUUUGUCAAACUCAAAAUAUAGAAGUAAACAAUAUUAUUGUAGCUAUAGAAAUUGUAUUAAACCACUUGCUGUUAUCUUUUUCUGAAAAGUAUAAAAACUUGAUGUACUUUGAGUUUGGGAGAUUCAGCUGAGUGAGUCUCCAAGUGAAUGUCUGUUUCUGUUGACAAAUAAAUACUUUUAUUUCAA